AUGACGGCCGAACAACCCCCGGUCACGGAUCUCGCUUCACUUCUCGCAACCCCUAUUUUCACCCCCAUCCCAGAAGCUUCGUUCAGCUCCGUCCUCAACUCAUCACCAUUCAUACCAAUCCCUCAGGCCCUCAACCUCCGCACAAUCUCAUCUCCAAACCUCCCUCCAAACACCAUUUUUCGCUCUGGGACGCUUUCCCACUUACCGGCUGCAAGUCUCGCAACGCUCAAAGAUAAGUACAACAUCACCACUAUCUUUGACCUUCGUGGAUCACACGAGACAGCGCGCUCGCCAAGUGUGAAAAUCGAGGGGAUAGAGACGAUCUGGAUCGCGACUGAUCGAGAUUUUCUAUUCCAGGGCGAUGGAGAAAAUACACCCGGCGCUGAGGAAGAUGAGUUCGGCAAGCCUGCGCAUCGGGACCAUGUAAAGCCAAUCGAGUUUACGACCAAUGAAGGAGAAGAUGGAUAUGUAAAGCUAUACACGAAUUUCCUGCAUACGCACAAGGAGCCGUACAAGGCAGUAUUUGAACGGCUGAGAGAUGACCGUGGAGGAAUACUGAUCCAUUGCACUGCUGGCAAAGAUCGCACGGGCAUCCUCGCAGCUCUCAUACUAGCUCUCGUGGACGCGCCAGCGGAGGAAAUCGCUACAGAUUACGCUCUAACCCGCAUCGGCAUCGAGCCGUUCCGGGAAUACCUCCUCGCGGCUCUGCUGAAGCAGAUGGGGAAGACUGAGAGCAUUGAGGCAUUUGAAGAUCCUGGGAUGGCGGAGCUGUGUGGUGUUAGAGGACGCACAAUUCUCGCGGUUUUGGAAUGGAUGGGCAGGAAAUGGGGAAGUGGGGGGGAGGGUAAGUAUCCGGGCGUUGAGGGUUAUUUGAUUCGGGAGUUGGGGCUUGAGGUUGCGGAUGUUGAGAAGAUCAGAAGGAAUCUUGCUGCUGGAGGGGUAUAG